AAAAAGCUGAAAUCAAAUGAAAUGCUAAUUCUUGUUCGGACACAUAUUAUCCCUCUCCCUUGAAAGGUUCUUCAAGUUGAUUUCAGAAAAGAAGACACAAGAAAGCCACUACUAUUCUUGAUUUCACCUCCAAGAUUUUCGCACUUGGAUUUCACGCACGCACAGGAGUUAGAAGACUGGUUAUAUAAAUACAUAUGUCUGCGAACCCAGAUACUGUUAUUUCAUCUGAAUCACCUCAGACUAGGGUUAAGGAUGGCUUGUUAGUUUCGAAAACCGAAACCCUGACUGAUGAACCUAAUACAAUUAGUGAAAUUUCUAUUCAGGAUUCAGUUGAUAAAACUAGGGUUUCUGGAGAUAAAAUAGAGAUUGUUGCUGUUAUGGGUGAAAAUGGGGUUAAGGUUGCGGCGGAGACUGAUUUUUCAGAAUCCAAGGCUGAAACGCUAACUAUGGGAGGACCCGGUUGUGAUGGAGACGGGGAGAUUGUUGUCCGGGAUUCGGUCGGUGAAGUUAGGGUUUCUGGAGAUGAAUUAGGGGUUGUAAAGGAGGAUGUUGAGAAAGUUUCUGAUGUAAAUGUGAUUAGUGGUGAGGAAAAGGAAGGUGAUAAGGUUGCCGCUGGGGAUGAUUUUUUGGCUGUUCGGGAUGCAGUUAAUGAAGUUAGGGUUUCUGGAGAUGAAGUCGGGAUUGUGAUGGAGGACGUUGAGAAAAGUUUGGAUGUUAGCGGUGAGGGACAGGAAGGUGAUAUGGGUGUGGUUGGGUCUAAUUUGUCAUCUGAGCACGAUGCAGGAGGCGGAGUUUCUGGAGAUGAGCCCGCUACCGUAUCGGAGAAUGCUGAGAAUGUUUUGGAAGAAAAGGUGGUAAGCAAUGAGGUAAAGGCAGGUGGUAAGGCUGUGGCACCGGCUUCUGAUCUUGAUAUAGGUGGUGAUACUGUUGUUCAGGAUUCUGUUUGUGAUGCAAGUGUCUCUGCAGAUGUGAGAGAUAUUGCAAUGGAGAAAAAUGAGAAAGUUCUGCUUGAAAAUGUGGUUGAGGAAGAGGAAAAGGACGGCAAGUAUAGGGUUGCGGAUAUGGUUUGGGCAAAGGUAAAGAACUAUCCAUGGUGGCCUGGCCAGAUAUUUGAUCCAUCUGCUUCCACAGAUAAGGCUAAGAAAUACUCGAACAAAAAAGCAUUUUUUGUAGCUUAUUAUGGGGAUCAAUCUUUUGCUUGGAAUAAAGCUUCAAAUAUCAAGCCAUUUAGGAAAAACUUUAGCAAAAUGGAGAAACAAAGUAACUCCAAAGGGUUUUGUCACGCUGUGAAUUGUGCUUUAGAUGAGGCCUCGAGGCGGAUUGAUUUUGGGUUGGCCUGUUCUUGCUUAUCCAAAGAGGUAUAUGGUAAAAUUAAAACUCAAGUUUUUGUUAAUGCCGGGAUAAAGAGCGAAGCUAGCAGAAUAGAUGGUGGAGAUAGGUUUUCUACAGUGGCUACUUUCAAACCUGAGAACAUAGUUCGAUCUGUCCAAGAUCUUGCUAGAGAACAUUUUGAUGGAUAUAGUAAAUUGGAGGUUAUGUCGGUUAGAACUCAGUUGUUGGCCUACUACCGUUGGAACGGCUAUAAGAUAGCAGAUUCUUAUGAGCAUCUUCCAUGGGAAGAAGAUAAGGCCGUGGAAGAAAAAGACCAUACAAACAUGACCCAAAAGGAAAGUUCGAGAGAUAAGGUUGCUGAAAAUGCAAAAACUGAUUCUGUAAGUGAGAAAUUGUCAUCUAAAAAAAGGAAGCUGGAAGUUUGUGAUUCAGUUCCGAGCAAGAAAGAAAAACGCAUUACAGACACUGACCCGAAGGGAAGCUUGAGUUUAUCUAAUGGGAACAAUAAGAUGAAGAAAAUUGGUGCCAAGAGAGCAACUGUGGAAGAUGUUUCUGAUUCUCCUUUAUUGGAAGAAGAUAACUUGGUUGAAGAUGCAAAACUGGCUUCUGGAGGCGAGAAAGUUUAUACGAAGAGAAGGAAGCCAAAAGCUUCUGAUUUAGUCACAAGCAAGCAAGAACAGAACAUGACAGAGAUGACCAAGGAGGGAAGCUUGAACUCUUUUAGUGGAAAAGAUAAAGUGAAGACAGUUGGCACUGGGAAAGCAAUUGUUGAAGAUGAUUCUGAACCUCCUUGGGUGGAAGAAGAUAAAGUGGUUGAAGAUGCAAAACCAGCUUCUGUAUAUGUGAAAGUUUCUUCUAAGAAAAGGAAGUCGAGAGCUUCUGAUUCAGUCCCAAGCAAGAAAAGAAAAGGCUUGACAAACAUGACUACAAAGGGAGACUCAAGUGUAUAUAACGAGAAAAGUAAAAGAAAAGAAAAUGGCAGCAAGAUAAUAAUUACCGAAGGUAAUGGCGUUAAGGAGGAGAGCCAGAAUGAUAUUGGGGAUAAAAAGUCGUUAAUUCCAUCCCCCCAAAAGUCAUUUAAAAUUGGUGAUAGCAUAAUGCGAAUCGCGAAACAACUUUCUGAGUCACCUUCAAUCCUUAAAAAGGAAUCCCAAGAAUCAAGGCAUGGCAUGAAGAAAAAUUCCAAAAAGAGAGGAAAGAAUGAUAAGCUUGAUGAGCAAACUGAGAACUCACCAACAUUGCAGAAAGUUCCUAAAACUGACAGAAAGCAAAAGAAGAAGGACAGGAAGUUGGUGGAUGCAAUUCAGUUAGAAGAAUGAGCCAGUCCAAUAUAGGUACCAAGAUGGCAUAUAUGAUAUUGAAUCUAGAAACGAUGAAGACAGCAUAACUAGUGAAAGUUUUGGAGCUUAAAUUGUUGUCAAAGGUAGAAAACGUUAGAAGACACUGAUUUUAAUUGAUCAGUCAUUGCAUACAAGGCCUUUUGGAUAUGCCUGAAUCAAUGCAUAACUGGGUAAUAUACUCUGUAUACAGUGUAACUAGAGCCCACAUCUCGUUAUCUUUUUUCUUUGCUAGGUAGGGUAGACCCUAUGUCUUUUGUAGGUGGUAGUGUGGUAUGCUUAGUUGCUUACUGAUAUCUUGUUUUACUUGCUUUUCGUUUACAACUGUUGUGCAAGUGGGAUGUAUAUACCUUAAGCUUGAAUAUGGGCAUUUGGCUUA